GGUAGUUGUCAGUAGAGACGCUGCUGUAUCUCUCUCUCUCUCAGGUAGGGCCUCGGAGCGAAGAUGGCGACGGACAAACAGAAACAUGAAGGCAGGGUGAAAAUCGGACAUUAUAUUCUCGGAGACACCCUAGGAGUGGGAACUUUUGGAAAAGUCAAAGUGGGCCAGCAUGAGUUGACAAAGCACCAGGUGGCGGUAAAGAUUCUGAACCGGCAGAAGAUCCGCAGUCUGGAUGUGGUGGGGAAGAUUCGACGCGAGAUCCAGAACCUCAAACUCUUCCGUCACCCGCAUAUAAUCAAACUUUACCAAGUCAUCAGCACACCAACAGACAUCUUCAUGGUAAUGGAAUAUGUGUCAGGAGGAGAACUCUUUGACUACAUCUGUAAAAAUGGAAAGUUGGACGAGAAGGAGAGCAGGCGUCUGUUCCAGCAGAUCAUCUCAGGGGUGGAUUACUGCCACAGACAUAUGGUGGUGCACAGAGACCUCAAGCCUGAGAACGUCCUGCUGGAUGCACACAUGAAUGCCAAGAUUGCAGACUUUGGCUUGUCAAACAUGAUGUCAGAUGGAGAAUUCUUAAGGACGAGUUGCGGUUCUCCUAAUUAUGCUGCUCCUGAAGUCAUCUCUGGAAGGUUAUACGCAGGGCCUGAGGUGGACAUCUGGAGCAGUGGUGUGAUUUUGUACGCUCUGCUGUGUGGAACGCUGCCAUUUGACGAUGACCACGUGCCAACACUGUUCAAGAAGAUCUGCGAUGGGAUCUUCUUCACGCCUCAGUAUCUGCACUCCUCCGUUAUUAGCCUUCUGAAACACAUGCUCCAGGUGGACCCCAUGAAGAGAGCCACCAUUAAAGAGAUUCGGGAGGAUGAGUGGUUUAAACAAGAUCUCCCCAAGUAUCUGUUCCCAGAGGACGCUGCAUAUAGCAGUAAUAUGAUUGAUGAGGAGGCACUGAAGGAGGUGUGCGAGAAGUUUGAGUGCACUGAGGAGGAGGUGCUCAACUGCUUGUACAGUCACAAUCACCAGGAUCCUCUUGCUGUGGCCUAUCACUUGAUCAUAGACAACCGGCGCAUUAUGAACGAGGCCAAAGAUUUCUAUUUGGCCUCCAGCCCCCCGGACAGCUUCCUAGAUGACCUGCCUGCGCACCACUCUGCGAAGAUUCACCCCGAGAGAGUGCCAUUCCUGGUGACUGAAUCCCAGCCACGUCCUCGACACACGCUGGAUGAGCUUAACCCCCAAAAGUCCAAGCAUCUCGGUGUCCGGCGGGCCAAGUGGCACCUGGGAAUCCGUAGCCAGAGCAGACCGAAUGAUAUCAUGAGUGAGGUCUGUCGUGCUAUGAAGCAGUUGGACUAUGAAUGGAAGGUAGUUAAUCCUUAUUACUUGCGAGUGCGGAGGAAGAACCCAGUCACUGGCAUACAUACAAAGAUGAGCCUCCAGCUCUACCAGGUGGACAGCAGGACCUAUUUACUAGACUUCAGGAGCAUAGAUGAUGACAUGAUAGAAAUAAAAUCAGGGACUGCCACACCUCACCGCUCUGGCUCAGUCGGUAACAACCGGACUACCUUAAAGAACGACAGGAAUGAAAAAAACGAAUGUGAGGAUGCAGCAAAGGGCGACAUGUCCGCUCCCUCCACGCCUCCGAUAUCCGGAGGGAGAGCGGCAGAAGGCUCUCUGGCUUCUUCUCUUACCUCCUCAGUGGAUUCCGCAGGGGGAGAGAUCCUCCCCCGUCCAGGAAGUCACACCAUAGAGUUCUUUGAGAUGUGCGCCAACCUCAUCAAGCUGCUAGCACGAUAACUUGUGGUUCCUCUGAUGCCUUCUCUCUCUCACUCUCCUCUGUCUUCCCUUUCAAUCUCUUUCUUCUGGAAUACUGUCUACCUCUUCGUCCUCUGAUAUCUGUGUCAUCAUCCACAGCAGUCCUUCUAUCUCUGUUCUUUUCGUCUCUUUUUUUUCUCUCUCAGUGUCUUUAGAGCAAUAAGAAUGCGGACGGACUCAAGACUCCAUGCAUCCCACUCGCAUGAAAAAGCUGAAUGGUCUGUGGCACAACAGUCGCCUAGAUCAGCCUGUUUAAGAGGAUUGAGAAAAGGUACAAGGAGGAAAAGGAUGGAGGUUGUUUUUUGUGCCACAGUUAAGAUGUCAGAAAGAUUGCUAUGCUAAGCCACUUUAUAGUGUCUAAACUCUUUUAGAGAUGGUUUUACAAUUCUUUUCUGGGUUUUAUAGCAAGGAUUUCCUUGCAGAGUGAGGCGUAGAGGUGCAUUUAAAUGAGUUGUACACUGAGCUAGCUGUACUGUACACAAUGCUGUUGUGAUUCUUGGCGGACCAAGAGAUGUAUAAAGAAAGAGCCCUUGUGAGGCAUGUGGGACGAUGAGUAAGACAGAAAGCGCUUUUGCACAGUUUUACCUGUAAGUUUUUGUGGGCCAGUGUCAGAACUGGUUAUCCCAUUGAUGUGGCCUACUGGAAAGGGCACUCGAUUAGGAGGAGCCGUCUUAAAAAGUGGGGCCAAUUAAACGUGGUGGGCACUUUAACACAAAGGGACAACUUGAUAAGUCAGCCUUUCUUAAGGAAGAGACCAAUAUUAAACCAGUUUAUCCUGAAGGAGUGAAAUGUCCUUGCCUCUGUUUCAUAGAUUUUUGUUUGUUUGUCACACCUUAGUUAGAUUUUUUUUUUUUCUCUAUUCUCUCACAUUUUACAUAAAUCGAAGUAUAUACAGAAUUUAAACAUGCAUUUGGAUUUAUAUUUAUCAGUGCUUUAAAUGGGGUUGUAGAUUGUAUUAAAAUUGUGAUAUUGGACUGGAUUUUUUAAAAAGAAAUAUUUGAUUGUAUCGCUGUAAGAUGUUUUAUUCCAUACACUGCUUUAUCAAAAACUUUUUCUUUUUUAUUAUUAUUUUAGUUGUUUUACAAAACAGUCGUUGCUUGAAAAAGAAGUUCUCCUUAAAGAAAGAAAUCAAAUGUAUUUGUAUCACCCCCCCACCCACCCACGCGCACACUUUUACACAUUAAAUCUCUGUAGUAAGAUUAGUAUUAAAACUUUUUUUUUUUAAUGUUGGCUGAGAUGUAAAAAAAAAAACACAGCUGAAGUAUCUAAUAAAGUUGAUCACCACAAUGAAAAUGGAAAAAAAAAGAUCAAAUAAGAGUUGAAAUAUUGACGCAUACUGAUCAAUCUCCUGAGCGAAUCAUAUAGCCAUGUCUUAAUACUGUGUUUGCAAAGUCAUAAUCGUAAGAUCAAAAAAUAGUAAAGCGCUUCCUACUUGCAUGUGACUUUAUGUGCCCUCAUAUGAGUCUGUGUAAUAAACAAAAUUCUACAAAAGUCCACAAAGGAAAGAACUGCAACCUUUUAACAAUGAAUGAAAUUAUGUAGGAGCUUACUGACAGGAGUAAUCAUCUUCUUAAGAUCAGUUCUUUCAACGUAUGUUUCAUAGAUGAAAAUGAAAAUAAUAAAAGUUUUAAGUAAGUUGCUCUGGUUCAUUUGCCUGCCCAGAGCUCCAGCUAUGUUCAAAUUAAAUAUCCCAAAUUCGAUGCUAAAAAAGCUAAGACGUCAUUUUAAAUAAUACAUUUAUUCUGUGGUAUGUAUGGCAUAGCAUAUUUACAUUUAUAGUCUGAAUGUCUAAACACACAUUCUUACCACAUUAAAGAAAUAACUCUUAGUUCUUAAAAAAGAAAAAUAGAUUAUUUAAGGCCAGUAAUUCUGAUUUGACCUUCUGGAAUUCUUGAGUCUUUAUGUUCAAGAUCUAGUUUCCUAAAAGGAUGAUGUUGUUUUGUUCUAAAUCAUUUCAGAAUCUCUAUUAAUGAGAUUUUUUUUUUUUUUCGCUAAAACUUGACAAUCUGUGCUUUGCAAGUCAGCUUAAGACAAAUCCCCCCCCCCCCAAAAGGUUAUUUCCCUGUGUAGUUGUCUUAAUUCAAAUGUUAACUCUUCUUUAUCACUAGGGAACUAUUUCAGUGUCUCCACAGGCUGUUUCUUCAGCCAUCGAAAAGAAGUUUAGAAAAUCUGUUGAUGUUCUUCUAUUAACGGCAUUUAUGUUGAUUAUCUUUGCAGAGAUGCACCUCAUGGAGGCUUGCCAAUGUAAAUUUACUGAUAAUUUACAGUUGAAAAGAUUUGUAAAUACAACUGCCUAAUAAACUGAUACAUGAAAAAU